AUGGUAUUAGAGCAAGGUGGAGCUACCGGGAGUCGGGUUGAAGAGUGGUUAUGGAAUGUCAGUCGGAAGGUCGCAGAUGGAGCUAAAGAUAAAUAUGAAAGAUCAAGUCAGGUUGGUGAUUACAUGAACAUGCAAACCGAGAUUGACGAGGCUAUUAGGAUGGGUCUAGUGGGUUGCUUGCUUCAAUUUCAUAUCAAGUUAAAACUUACAACAGAAGUUAUUUUUCUAGCAGUUCAUAUACUGGAUCAAUACCUUUCCGUUAAUCUAGUCGCAGGAAAAGAAUUCCCAUUGGUUGGGUUAACUGCUUUAGUUCUAGCUGGUAAAUAUGAAGAAGAUUCUGGGAUACCAGUGGGAGACUAUGUUAAUGUGGCAGAAGGGGUUUAUAGCAAAAAGCAGAUAUUGGAUAUGGAGAAAUUAAUCUUGAGGAAGCUUGGAUGGACUUUAGCCAUUCCUACUACAUAUCACUUCCUCGUGCGUUUUAUCAAGGCUGCUGAAGCUGAUAAAGAGAUGGAGAACACAAUAAUUUACUUUGCAAAGUCUGGUCUGAUGCAAUAG